AUGCUCCGAUCAUGUCUGCGCCAUUGUCCCCGCGCCACCGUCCGAUCUGUAUCUUGUCCGCGAUGCCUGCAUCGUGAAAUCCCCCAAUCACCUCUCGCCCGUCAACAGAACCCAAUCUCGUUAACCCCUCAUAUCUGCCGCCUGCAAACAUCAUCAACAUAUUCGCAAGAUCGUGUUCCCAUCCGCAAACAACUUAAGCAAGAUGCGAAGGCCGUGAAAUCCCGGAAGCGAGAACGACGAGAGCAGGAGGAGGCUUCGCGGCAGAAGUGGGAGUUGACCGUGGGAGUUGAGAUCCAUGCUCAAUUGAAUACAGAGACAAAACUAUUCUCAAGAGCUCCGACCCUUCCCACCGAAGAACCCAACUCAAACGUUGCUCUAUUCGAUCUCGCUUUCCCAGGCAGUCAACCUGAAUUUCAAGUGGCGACCCUCCUUCCUGCCCUACGUGCUGCCAUUUCUCUAAACUGCGAUAUCCAACCUGUCAGUCGUUUUGACCGAAAACACUACUUCUAUCAGGACCAGCCAGCGGGGUAUCAAAUAACACAGUAUUAUGAACCAUUUGCGAGAAAUGGCUACCUCGACCUGUUCAGCCACGAUGGUAUUGCGCCUGAGGAUGGAGACCGAGUUCGUAUCGGCAUCAAGCAGAUCCAGCUUGAACAAGAUACCGCAAAGUCACAAGAAUACCCUCCCUCCACCCAGCUCAUCGAUUUCAACCGUGUUUCCCACCCGCUCAUUGAGAUAAUUACCAUGCCGCAAAUCCACACACCCUCCACAGCAGCCGCAUUUGUCCGCAAGGUCCAGUCAAUCCUCCAAUCUUGUAGCGCUGUGACGACGGGGAUGGAAUUUGGUGGUCUUCGUGCGGAUAUAAACGUCUCAGUCAGACUGCGGGGUGACGGUUCAGGCGUCCACCAAUACGGAGGGGUUGGGGGCCUUGGUCAGCGCACCGAGAUCAAGAACUUGAGCAGUUUCAAGGCAGUAGAGGACGCCAUUAUCGCAGAAAAAAACCGACAGAUUGCGGUCCUUGAAAGCGGAGGGGUAAUUGAGGGCGAGACGCGAGGCUGGGCUAUUGGAAGCACCGAGACACGGAAACUUCGAGAGAAAGAAGGCGAGGUCGAUUAUCGCUAUAUGCCCGAUCCAGAUAUCCCUCCCCUCCGUAUUGGUGAGGACAUCAUUUCAACGCUCAGAGAUAAUCUACCCACAGCUCCGGACGCGCUCAUUGACAUGCUGGUCGGUCAGUAUGGCCUCCCUAUAGAAGAUGCAAAGCCACUUGUUGAGCUCGAAGACGGGGCGCGGCUGGAAUACUACCAAGAUGUUGUCGAUAUCUUACGUGAUCUUCAACAAGAUCUCGAUCCCAAGGUUCGAGCGGCUCUCGGCCGUGUGGCUGGCAAUUGGGUCCUCCAUGAACUCGGCGGUCUACUGACCAAAGCUGACCUAGCCUGGGAUGCGGGAAGGGUUACUGCUGAGUCUCUCGCCUCGAUUAUUGACCAGCUCCAGCGGCAAAAAAUCACCGGGGCGACGGCCAAACAGGUGCUUGCCAUGGUGUUUGACGGAGACCAGCGACCGAUCAUUCAACUACUCGAGGAAGAGAAUCUGCUCCUCCGCCCUCUCUCGCGUGAAGAAUAUAUUUCCCUCGCAGAAGCAGCUAUCGAGCUUAACCCCCAGAUGGUUGAACAGAUUCGGAGCAAAAACCAGCUAGGCAAGCUAGGCUGGUUCGUGGGCCAGAUGAUGCGCAUGGGCGAAAAGGGCCGCGUGGAAGCACAGAAGGCCGAUGCGACGCUGCGGGAGCUCAUUUUGGGCUCACAGUAG